GGGGACACAGACCGUGGGGACAAGGGGACAGAGGACAAAGGACCAUGGGGACAGGGGACACAGGGCCAUGAGGGCACGGGCCGUGGGGCCACGGGUCCCUCCCGCCCCGCUGGGUGCCAGCAGGGGGCGGGGCGACGCAGCCGCGCGUCCCGCCCUCUCCCUUUCAUUGGCUACUCCCCUCGCCCUCCGCCUCUCCCCAUUGGCUGGCGAACCGGCGGCGGCAGGGCGGGCCGGAAGCGGCCGGCGUUCCCCCCCCCCAUGAGAGGCGGAAGAGCGGGGCCGGAGACGGGGAAUGACGAUGACCAGCCUCCUGCCUUCAGCAGGGGACGGGAACUGCUAUUACAUCCUGACAGAAGACUGUGCUUAUGGCAGCAAGUACUUCCAAGCUGGGAACAUGUGCUUCUGCAGCGAGAGAAGUUACCUGCGCAACUUCUCCGAUGACGGGCCCCCGACUUGCUUCUUGAAAGUCAUCAUGCUGGAUGACAGCUCCACCGUCACAAUAAAAGUAGAAAUCCUGCAGCCUGUGCGCGAGGAGAUGGCAGUCUUCCUCCUGGCCAUCAGCAGCCACAACGAACGCUUGAACUAUUUCUUGGAGAGGCUGAGCCUUGAAGCGGCUCUGCGGGCAGUGCCGGGACAAAAAGUGUUGGUGGAGGUUGACCGGCAAUAUUUCCCUGGAAUCAUCCGCUACAUCGGGAGCAUUUCCAAAAACACUUUAGCUGUGCUGUCUCCGUUCUUCUUCGGGGUGGAAUUGCAGGGCGAGGGAGAAAACAGAGGGUGCAGCGAUGGGUCUUACAACGGCACUGAGUAUUUCAAGUGUAAGCGGAACUGCGGGAUCUUCCUGCCGUUUAGCAGAGUCCAGUUUACACCCGCGCCAGAUGACGACUAUAUGAAACAGAAGCCAAAAGCGGACACGAAGGAGGGGGUUCCUGUGAAAGUGGGAGAUGCUGUUAGCUUCUACGUGGACGAGGUCCUCACAAAAGGAAUAGCGAUGGCAGUUUACAGGGAAGGAACCCAAUGGUUCGUUAAAGUUUGUCCGGAAGAAGAAGGAACAACUGACAUUUUCAGAGAAAUCCCUAUGGACUCUGUUGUGAAGGAAAGCUUGCAAAGUUUAUUUUCACCCUUCGAGUCCGACAUGGGCUUGGGACACCCAAACCAAAUGAAACGAGAGAUAAGCGAGAGCGCUGAGGAGUGUGAAAGCGGGAAUUCAUCCCUGGAGGUGAACUCCAUGGUCCAGAUCACCUUGGACAAGGGAAAUCAGGUUUCGGGAAUCAUCCGCUGGUUGGGCUACCUGCCCCAAAUUAAGCACAAAAUGGCAGGAGUUGAACUGGAUGAAGACAAGGGGGUCACUGCUGGCGAAUGGCUGGGCAAAUACUACUUCCACUGCGCUCCAAAGCGCGGCCUCUUCGUGAAGCUGCAGUCCUGCCAGCCCGACGUUCGCUUCCAGUGUUCGCGCAACAGUGAGCUGAGCCUCAUGGAUUACAGAGGGCAAGAAGUUCUUCCGCAGGUUCCAGACAGUUUUCCUCCUCUCAGGAAUGAGACAGCGGUGCAUGUCCUGCGAGGGCGGAUGAAGGGGAUCCAAGGCCACUGUAAUUCCUGUUAUAUGGACGCAGCUCUUUUCAGCCUCUUCUCCUGUACGUCUGUGCUGGACUCCAUGCUCUUCAAGCCCUUCCCUCUGUGUGACAGGAAUGUCCAGAGCAUUCUGCGGGAUGAGAUUGUUAAUCCCCUCCGAAAAGAUCAUCAGCUGCUUCUUGUUUCUAGGACCGGCUUCGUCAGGGCUCGGAGCGUGAUGCACCUUAGGGAGCAGCUAACUGAAAAGGGACAGUGUUCAAGCUUUACCAACGCUGAGAAAGAUCCUGAAGAGUUCCUCAAUCUCAUAAUGCAGCAGAUCCUGGGAAUAGAGCCGCUCUUGAAACUGCAGUCGGGAAGCCAGGAGGAGCAGCAGGACUGUUACUGUUACCAGAUUUUUAUGGACAAACAGGAGGAUCUGGUGGUUCCCGACGUGCAGCAGUUAGUGGAACACUCCUUCCUGACUUACGAUCUGAAGCUAGUGGAGAUCCCAUCUUGCUUCAUUAUCCAAAUGCCGCGUUUUGGGAAGGAAUAUAAAAUGUUCAGCAAAAUCAUUCCUUCCUUGGAGCUGGAUAUAACAGAUCUGCUGCUUGACAGUCCCCGGGAGUGCUGCGUGUGCGGGGAUGUCGCCACCCUGGAGUGUUCCGAGUGUUUCAAAGACAAGGUAUUCGCAGCUACGGGCCUGAAGCAGUUCUGCAGCACCUGCUCCAGACAGGUUCACUCCCACUACCGACGCAAAACGCACAAGCCAACCAGGCUGCACGUCCCGGAAGAGUUUCACAGCCGGAACUCCCGGGGCAGCCAACAGGUCCCACGCGAGAAGAUGGAGCUCUUCGCCGUGCUCUGCAUCGAGACAAGUCAUUACGUCUCCUUUGUGAAAUACGGCCCGGAGAACGAACACUGGAUGUUCUUCGACAGCAUGGCUGACAGGCAUGGUGACGAAAACGGCUUCAACAUUCCCACGGUAACGCUGUGCCCUGAAGUUGCCAAAUACCUGGAGUUGCCACUGGCUGUGCUGGCCCUGAAGCAACCUCGGGACAUGGACGGAGUGGCCAAGCGCCUCUUCUGCGACGCCUACAUGUACAUGUACCAGAGCAAGAAGAUGGCGCUUUACAAGUGACACUGCCCUGGGCUGCAGAGCAGCGAGGCGUCGGAAACGUGAGCUUGGAUCAACCCUGCAGCUCGUAAUCGGUGAAAGCGGCCGAGUCUGGGUGCCCCGAACUCACACUUCUGCCUUUUCUUACCUCUUCCAGUGUCUGGUAUCGAGCUGUCCACGUCAGCCUGUCUGGGUUCGUUAAAUCCUGCACCUGGCCUAAUCGAGUGAUAGCUCGUACUUCCUGCAGACCUGGAUUUGGAAUUAUUUAUGCUCAAAUUCACUCUCAUUUCCUGCCUUCCCUUUUUCCAGCCUCCUUCCUCCCCAGGCACGCUGCAGCUCUGCCCUACCUCGGCGUCCUCCCCCACAUCCUUUUCUCCCUGCCAGCCCUUCCCUCCAAAGCCGAGGACCCCGGGUCUAAUGGAAACCCCAGCAGUUACCCUCAGCUUUGUGAAGAGCACGAGAAAACCACAGCCUUGCCCCGCGUGAAACUUCUUCACGUGGACUUGUGGAGCGGGGAAAACCAGGAGGUGUGAGGUGUGCGUUAAGAAAUAGGUCAGGACCAGGGUUUUUUCUUGAGGUUGGGGAUGUGGCCCCACACCUACAGUUGGGUCCCUGAAUUGUUUGCACUUCCCUUGCCCAGCGCUAAUACUCUGGCACUUCUACCCGCUGUCCCUUCUUUUCAACCACGAGAUUAAAUGGAUGUCUCGAGCUGCAAAUAUGCUUUUAAAAAUGUGUAUUUUUGCAAGGACAAAAAUGGCAGAAAGACGGAGCAGGGGAACGGGAUCUGAGCUCUAUUAUGCUGUCCUCAUUUUUGCGAAGUCUGCACUAUUGCUACACAAUCAGGUGUUAACCUCGCUGUUAGCACUUACUGUCCCAUCUUUGCAUCCACUUCUGAGAUCUGUGGGUGGAAAAAAUGGAAAAAAUGAAUACUUUUUGGAUUUUCUGCCAUGACUACAGUAAGGAUUAGGGUCUCGGGUUGGGAUUUCUUAAAUUAGAUAACUUAAAAUUUGCAAACUGGGGAUUCUCUGCCAUUAAGCACAUGCCGUCAUGGCAGUGGGAAGCUGUUACGGGUGUCAGUGCCCAGAUUCUGGAUCGCGCUCACAGAGCACCAAAACCUCGAGGGAUGCAUCCAGGAGCCCCAGAUGCGGAGCUGUAAUCUCCUUCCUGCUCUUCCCCCCCCGCCUUUUUAACACAGGGUGCAGUAAGUGUAAUACGCAGCCUGUAGCUUUGCAUCGUGGCUUGGGAUCUUUCUUUGGAUCUUUUAGGAUCUUUUUUUGCUUGACAGCAGCGUUGUGACGCGAACUGGGACCUCAACGGCUUGAUGGCUUUCUGGUGUGUCCCGUUUCUGUAUGUGGUGGCUACAAAGGACGGCCGGUGUGUAACGAACCCAGGCUGUUAACAUCAAUUAACAGUUAAUUCGGCUUCCAAAUGUCCUUGAUGAGCAUUUGGGCCUCGACACCACGUGGACCACGAGGCAGCAAUACGUGGUAGAGAAGGCGAACAACGUGCUGGGCGGUGCCGGGGGAAGCGUUGCCAGCAGGUCAAGGAAGGGGAUUCUUCCCUUCUGCUCGGCACUGAGAAGCUACACCUGGAGUACUGGGUCCAGUUUGGGGCUUCCCAGGCUGAGAGAGAUGAAGAGAAUCCAACAAAGGGCCAUGAAGAUGAUGAAGGGACUGGAACAUCUCUCCUAUGAGGAAAGGUUCAGAGAGCUGGGACUCUUCAGCCUGGAGAAGAGAAGACUCAAGGAGAUUCAUCAAUGUCUAUAAAUACCUGAAGGGAGGGUGCAAAAAGGCCAGAGCCAGGAUCUUCCCAGUGGUGCCCAGUGCCAGGACCAGAGUCGCAAACUGGAACACAGGAGCUUUCCUCUGAACAUCAGGAAACGCGUCUUCACCAUGAGGGUGACACAGGUUGCCCAGAGAGAGGUGGUGGAAUCUCCAUCCUUGGAGAUACUCAAAAUGGUCCUGGGCAAAGGCCAAAGCACCAGCAGUUGAAGAGAGAUGGUGGCAGAUGGAGCGACAGAUGGUCCUGAGGAUGGAUUUCCCCUGCUCCCGCUUGUGAACUGACUCGCUGACCUCUGGGCGAUGCCCUCUGGCCACGGAGAGGGCUGAGGUGCACUGCCAUCUCAUCUCACUUCUCAUCUCAUCUCAUCAACAAUAUUUAUUGUUCUUCAUUCCUUCUUUCCUACAAACUCAGGAAAAUCUCUACUCAGGUACGCGGUGGGGGGGGGGGGUGCGUUGGGCUCUUAUGUCUCUGGUGCUUUUGCUCUAAAAAUGUAAGUUUUGAUAACAAACUGCUCUUGGUUUUCCUGGAGUUGUUUUUUUUCCCCCGCUCUCUUAAAAAUGUGAAGUGCGACACAGUGCCCACAGCUGGAGCAUGGCAACAGGGAGCUCCAGCCUGUUGCGGGUUUUUAGAAAUAAAGAGACCAUCAGGCCCUGCUUCAUUAAGUUCUUUUAAUGUUUCCCCCCUGCCCCCGCCCCCAUCAAUACUUGUUGCAAAGACCUAAACCGCAGCUGUUCCUGGGAGCCGUUCCUGGGGCUGUGCAGAUGCAUCUCGGUGGGUAUUUCUCUUUGCCCUCCCUCACUGCACCUUUCCCAUGGGUGGCUCAAGUCAUAGAAUCACAGAAUGGUUUGGGUGGGAAAGGACCUUAAAGAUCAUCUAGUUCCAACCCACCUGCCCUGGGCAGGGACAUCUUCAACCAGCCCAGGUUGCUCCAAGCCCCGUCCAACCUGGCCUUGAACCCCUCCAGGGAUGGGGCAGCCACAGCUUCUCUGGGCAACCUGGGCCAGGGGCUCACCACCAUCACAGCCAAGAAUUUCUUC